CGUCCUUUAUCCAUUCAUUGUUGGAAAAAGUCUCUGUCUCUUGCCUUGAGCCUGAUUGGCCACUUCUGCAGAAAGGGGUGUUGAAGAGAGGGGGAGAACAUGUGAUGAAAGAACAGAGGAGGAGUCAGAGCAUGUGAGCAUUCUGACACAUCAGAGAGAGAGAGAGUGAGCGCGAGCGCGAAAGAAAGAAACAACAGAAGACACGGGAGAGAUCCGGAGAGCAAGUGGGGGAAGAGGAAGAAAGACGGGAACUGCUCCUCUCAAAGGAAGGGAAAACGUUGUCUUCAUUCAUCCCUGCUCCUUCGUUCCUCCUCUCGUUCUGUCCCUCGCGACUGUGCCAGGUCUCCUCCUCCUUCCUGCAGCCUUUUGGAAAAAAAACAUCCUCGGAGUGGGAGAUGGAGGGAUGAGAUGCGGAGGACAGCGGAGAUGAAGAGGUGAUUAGUGUGCAGCAGGCUUGUGUGGAUGAAUGUGUAUGUGAGACCCUGAGCUCCUGCUGUCCUGAACCACAUGGAAUCUGGCAGAGCUGGUUGGCAUGGCGAUGGAUGCGAGGUGCCUCUUGACUCAGUGGACCACUGCGAGCAAGCAAACAAGCGCUUGUUUUCAGUCUGCUCUCUCUCCCUCUCUCUCUUUCUGUCGCCUGGUGAGUCCAGCACAUUGAAGCAAGGCCAGUGACUGUUGUUGUUCCUUGUUUCAUGAAUCAUAACAAAAAGUUAUGCAGAGGCCUUUUUUCUUUAAAGCUCUCUCUCCUCAAUAACUGUUGUCAACAAUCCACUCACCCACACACACAAACUGUCUGUCCUGACAGAGGGGAACUCUCUGUAGCCGGCCGGCUCCCUGCAUGUGCGUUUGCAGGUUACGGCUUGACUCUAAUUAAGCCAGAGGGCAGCAAGCUGGUGCCUUGCCUCUUUCUCUCUCCCUCCCUCCGUCCCAUGAGGCCCCAUUGUCAUCAUUAAUUCCAACUGCGAGUUGGUCUGGAAUAACGGAGAGAGCAGAGUCUGCUCUGAACUAGUGCCUUAAGAGUGGAAUGAAAUCAGAGGACUAGAAAAGCAGAUGCAUCGCUUUGUAUGAGAAAGAAGUGAGGCGGUGUUUCCGACGCUGAGUCGCAUAAAUGGAAAAGCAGCCAGCGGAGAACCGGCCUCAGGAAUGACCAACGCUCCUACGAGGAUGGACAGGAGAUGAUGAUCUCCAUACCCAGACCACACCUUUUUCAACUGUGAGCUGGAAUAACCAAACAAGAUAAAGGAAGGAGCAGGAGAGAAGAGGACUGUACCACUUUCUUUGUCUUUGAACAUGUAUUGAUGCGAUACAGAGGUAGUCUGCUGAGAGAUCCCUGCAGCCUGGGGUUUGUUGUGUGGUUUUUUUUCCAACCUUAAUUGAAAAAUCCUGCUUGUUUUGACACAGAUUCUCUUCUCUUCAGAGAACCAAGCCAGGUCUCGUCUGCCAGAGACUCGUGAAGAAGUGUCAAAGUAAAACUGGGACUCGAAAAAACACUUUUGUGCAGGCCUGGAAAAUGAGGACUCCUUAAAAAGACACUCCUUCAAAUAGUGCAUUUCUUCUGCCAUUUGUUGAUGGUCAUAGAAAGAGAGGGAGCACGUUCUAUUAUGUAACCUUCUCCCCUUGGACAGACUUUGUAGAAAGUGCCUGAACUGCAUAACAAUUUUUUUAAAGGCACAAUCAGAAAUACACAGAAUCAUGGAUGACUCGAGUAUUCUGAGGCGCAGAGGACUUCAGAAGGAGCUGAGCCUUCCCAGGAGAGGCAGUUUCUGCCGGACGAGCAACAGGAAGAGCCUGAUUGUGACGUCCAGUACCUCCCCCACUCUGCCGAGACCACACUCACCUCUGCACGGACACACAGGUACCAGCCCAUUGGACAGUCCUCGUAACUUCUCCCCCAACACAGCUGCACAUUUCUCCUUUGUUCCUGCACGCAGUCAUGGACACAGGGCUGACAGGACGGAUGGUAGACGCUGGUCUCUGGCUUCACUGCCUUCCUCUGGCUAUGGCACCAACACCCCCAGCUCCACUGUUUCGUCCUCCUGUUCAUCUCAGGAGAAGCUGCACCAGCUGCCCUUCCAGCCCACGCCAGACGAGCUGCACUUCCUCACCAAACACUUCAGCUCUGAGAGCAUCACAGACGAGGAGGGACGCCGCUCCCCCGCCAUGAGACCGCGCUCCCGCAGCCUCAGCCCCGGGCGCUCGCCUAUCUCCUUUGACCAUGAGAUUGUGAUGAUGAACCAUGUGUACAAGGAAAGGUUCCCCAAGGCGACGGCUCAAAUGGAGGAGCGUCUGGCUGAGCUGCUCUCCUCCUCGGCCCCAGAUAAAGUGUGCCCGCUGGCUGAUGGGGUCCUGAGCUUCAUUCACCAUCAGCUGACAGAGCUGUCCAGAGACUGCCUGGAGAAAAGCAGAGAGGGCCUCAUCACCUCCCGCUACUUCUACGAGCUCCAGGAGAGCCUGGAGAAGCUGCUGCAAGAUGCUCACGAGCGCUCAGAGAGUGUGGAAGUCACCUUCGUCACUCAACUCGUCAAGAAGCUGAUGAUCAUCAUCGCCCGACCUGCGCGUCUGCUGGAGUGUCUGGAGUUUGAUCCUGAGGAGUUCUACCACUUGUUGGAAGCAGCAGAGGGCCAUGCCAAGGAGGGCCAGGGCAUCAAGUCCGACAUCCCCAGAUACAUCAUCAGCCAGCUGGGCCUCACCAGGGACCCCCUGGAGGAAAUGGCCCAGCUGAGCAGUUAUGAUAGUGGGAACCCAGAGACCCCAGAGACUGAUGAGUGUGUGGACAGUCGAGGAACCACAGUCCCCGCAGCUCCACCACAGACUAAAACCAAAACACCCAGAGAGGAAGACUUUGAAAACAUCAAGCUCAUCAGUAACGGAGCCUAUGGUGCUGUGUUUCUGGUGCGUCACAAGGAGACCCGUCAGCGCUUCGCCAUGAAGAAGAUCAACAAGCAGAAUCUGAUCCUGAGGAACCAGAUCCAGCAGGCCUUUGUCGAGAGAGACAUCCUGACGUUCGCCGAGAACCCGUUUGUUGUCUCCAUGUUCUGUUCUUUUGAGACCAGGAGGCACCUCUGCAUGGUGAUGGAGUAUGUGGAGGGCGGAGACUGUGCCACGCUGCUGAAGAAUAUCGGGGCCUUGCCGGUGGAUAUGGCUCGUAUGUACUUUGCAGAGACUGUGUUAGCGUUGGAGUAUCUGCACAACUAUGGCAUUGUGCACCGAGACCUCAAACCUGACAAUCUUCUCAUCACCUCCAUGGGACACAUCAAGCUCACUGACUUUGGUCUCUCAAAGAUCGGACUGAUGAGUCUGACUACGAACUUGUAUGAAGGACACAUUGAGAAAGACACCAGGGAGUUCCUCGAUAAACAGGUGUGUGGUACCCCAGAAUACAUUGCUCCAGAGGUGAUUCUGCGUCAGGGCUACGGGAAGCCUGUGGACUGGUGGGCGAUGGGCGUCAUCCUGUACGAGUUCCUGGUGGGCUGCGCUCCUUUCUUUGGAGACACACCCGAGGAACUGUUCGGUCAGGUCAUCAGUGAUGACAUUAUCUGGCCAGAGGAAGAUGAAGCUCUGCCUCAGGAGGCCCAGGACCUCAUCUCUAAACUGCUGAGGCAGAAUCCACUGGAGAGACUGGGCACAGGAAGUGCCUUUGAAGUGAAGCAGCACCUGUUCUUCACAGACCUGGACUGGAACAGCCUUUUGAGACAGAAGGCUGAGUUCAUCCCCCAGCUGGAGUCAGAGGAUGACACCAGCUACUUUGACACUCGUUCUGAUCGGUACCACCACGUUGACUCGGAGGAAGAAGACGACACCAACGAUGAUGAGCACGUGGAGAUCCGUCAGUUCUCGUCCUGCUCGCCUCGUUUCAGCAAGGUGUACAGCAGCAUGGAGCGUCUGUCUCUGCACGAGGAGAAGAGGACUCCUCCUCCCACCAAACGCAGCCUCAGUGAAGAGGGAGGAGAUCGCAUCGACAGCCUGAGUGGACUCAAGUCCAGAGAUCGAUCCUGGCUGGUGGGAUCUCCAGAGAUCCUCAGGAAGCGUCUGUCUGUUUCGGAGUCGUCGCACACGGAGAGUGACUCCAGCCCACCGCUGACCGUCCGGAGGCGCUGCUGCUCCGCCAUCAUUGAGAUGCCCCGCUUUGCCAUCUCCGCUGAGGAGGAAGGAGGCCAAGCAGGAAGUCGUAAGAGUCCCAGCCUGCUGGGUCCCAAUGUAGUGAGGGGUCCAAGGAGCGACGAGCUGCCCCUCACCAUUCCAGAGCUGCCCCUGGAGAGAGAGCUGAAGCUGGACGAGUCUCCCACCACCCCGACCUCCACCUGCAGUCAGCUGAGCAAGAGCACCCUCACACCGGGCGGCCCAGCCACCACCAGUGACCACGGUCAGAGAGGGAUUGGCAGUAAUGGAGCUGUUAAAGGUGCGGCAGACAGUGAGUCUCCAUCCACCCCAAAAGCCAUCAGUGACCUGGCAGCGCGCAGAGCUCGCCAUCGCCUGCUGUCUGGAGAUUCAGACAAACACUCCACAACGCCGAGCUCUCGGCCAAUCAACAAGGUCAUCAAGUCUGCGUCGGCCACCACGCUGUCACUGAUGAUCCCUGCAGACCACCACGGAGCCUCCCCGCUGGCCAGCCCAAUGUCACCACACUCGCUGUCGUCCAAUCCGUCGUCACGAGACUCCUCCCCGAGCCGGGACCUGUCCCCGGCUGUGAGCAACGUCAAGCCUGCCAUCGUCAUCCACAGAGCGGGCAAGAAAUACGGCUUCACUCUGAGAGCAAUCCGAGUCUACAUGGGAGACACUGACAUCUACACUGUACAUCACAUGGUCUGGCAUGUGGAGGAGGGGGGUCCAGCCCAUGAGGCGGGGCUGAGGGAGGGAGACCUCAUCACACAUGUCAAUGGAGAGGCAGUCCAUGGUCUGGUUCACACUGAGGUGGUGGAGCUCAUACUGAAGAGUGGUGCUAAAGUGUCCAUCUGUGCCACUCCGUUUGAAAACACGUCCAUCAAAAUCGGACCCGCCCGAAAGACCAGCCACAAAUCUAAAAUGGCGAGGCGCAACAAGAAGACCAAGACCAAGGAGGGUCAGGACAGCAGUAAGAAGAGAACGUCUCUGUUCAGGAAGAUCACCAAGCAGGCGUCGCUCCUGCACACCAGCCGCAGUCUGUCGUCUCUGAAUCGCUCCCUGUCCUCUGGGGAGAGCGGCCCUGGCUCACCAACGCACAACCUGUCACCGAGAAGCCCCACACAGGGCUACAGGUCCACUCCUGACUCCACCCACUCAGGUGCAGGAAACUCGUCCCAGAGCAGCUCCCCGAGCUCCAGCGUCCCAAACUCCCCGGCGAGCUCUGGCCACAUCCGGCCCAGCUCCCUGCACGGCCUCGCCCCCAAGCUCCAGCGCCAAUACCGUUCACCCCGACGCAAGUCUGCCGGCAACAUCCCCCUCUCCCCUCUUGCGCGCACACCGUCGCCCACGCCCCAGAGCAGCUCGCCACAGCGCUCGCCUUCCCCGCUGCCGAGCCACGCUCUGGGACAGCCGGCUGUGGGCCAGUCCUUCCCUGUGAAGCUCCACUCCUCCCCUCCCCUGGUGAGGCAGAUAUCCCGACCCAAGAGUGCCGAGCCUCCACGCUCUCCACUACUCAAGAGGGUGCAGUCAGCUGAGAAGCUGGCCUCCUCCCUCUCCAACGCCCCCUCAUCUCCCUCCGGAGUGGCGGCAGUGGGGGAGAAGAAGCUGGCGGCGGGAGCAGCUGUGGGAAGUCGUAAACACAGUCUGGACAUCUCACAUUCAGAGUUCAAGAAGGAGAUUCUCCAGAGGGACCCAAGUCUACAGAGCCUGCAGGAGUCCGCCAGCGAGGGCGUGCUGUCCUCAGCAGGACGGGGCGUGGAGAAGGGCUGCCUGCAGAAGCACUCCUCCUCCUCCUCCUCCUCCUCCUCAUCGAGGAAGUUGGGGCGUCAGGAGGGAGACAGUUCCCUGAUCUCCGUGUCCGGCUCGCUGGGCCUGGCCCCCGGGAAGAGCAAACUGAAAGAUAAGCUGUCAGCGAUCCGGCAGGACAGGGCCGAGCGGCGGGAAUCACUGCAGAAGCAAGAUGCCAUACACGAGGUGGACUCCUCUGAGGAUGAGACGGAUGAAGGCUCAGAGGACAGCCAGGAUGGGCGCAGGGGGACGACCUUUACCCCUCCUCCCCUCCUGAGACCCACCACUGUGAGAACAGGUCCUGGAGGAACACUACCAUCCCUCUGCCUCUCCCCCUGCACCCCACACGCUACAUUCACCCACACAGGGCCCUCACAGACGGGCAGGCCCACUCCCUUGCACACCCUCCCCUCCCUCGCAGAGACCAAGUGUGGUCAGAGCACCUCCUCCCCUGCAUCUUCCUCAGAAGAUGGUGAAAGACGGGAGAGGAAAGUUCUGGACCUAAGCGGCACCACUAAACCCACUCAGGGCCCGCUUCUCUUCUCCACUCCAGGCAGUGCAUUCAUCUCAGUCAGCAAGGACACGUUCCUCAAGCCCACUCCUCCACAAGACUCAAAGAUUCUCCGUACGAAAACUGUCCCCUCAGAGUCCAGGACUGAAGACCGAACCCUGGACAGCCCAAAGACCCCAAUCCCAUCUACCACCAUCACUCCCAGCACUCCUGACUACAGAACAACCACUAACACCACAGACUGCAGAACAAGCACGAGCACAGCAGAUUGCCAAACCACUGAGAGCCAAGAGACUCCCCGCGCCUCCUGCUCGUCUCCAGGCGUCCCCAAAGAGAAGAAGGAGGCCGACAACCGCAGACUAUGUGCAGCUGCUGCCGCUGCAGGUCUGAGUACUUCAGUGUCAUCCACCUCCAGCCCCAAUUCCACUUCAAGCUUCCCGGUUCCUCCCCCCGAGAGUAGCAUGGACAAAGUGGUGUCUCAGUUGGCGAUAGUAGCUAAGAGCGUUCUUGGUCCUGUCAAACUUAGCACAGGUGCAGACAAGAGCCAGAAAGACCACAACGCCUCCAGAGGUGGCGUCGCUGAAGUUGUCCCACCAAAUGACAUGCUAUCAUUCUCCUCCAAACACCCUCAGUCGCCUCGCCUCUCUCCAACCAGGCUGAAAACUGAGCGACUUUCCUCACCGACCACGUCGCAAAGUUCAGCCAAACCCUCUGCCCAAAAAGACUGCACAGCUCCAGCACGGCCGACCUGCAAAGACGUCCAAGAAAGACCCGCAACGGCACCUGCAAGCAGUGGGGACGCUGCCACCUCUGCAGCAGCAGCAGCAGCAGCAGCAGCAGCGGCGGCGGCGGCGGCUCAGUCCACCGUGAACGAGAGCUCUGCCACUUCUGCAACAGCCGAGCCACAGCGCAAGAGGUUCGAACCCCAGACGCCAACUGCCACCGCCAGCGCCGCGUCCGCGUCCUCACAACGCGACAAAGUGACCGCCAGCAAAAAGACGUAGCAGCAAAAGAGAAAAUGUACAGAUCACACCACCCACAGUGCUGGCUUGAGAUUAACUCGCUCAUACUGCAUUGUGGGAAUGAAACGACUUCAUCACAACUUCACGCUAACCAGAGAUUUUAAGUUGGAGAAGAACGGAGCAGAGAGAGAGACGGGCGGAGCCGUCGGAGGCAGAGACAGACGUGCUAAUCCAUACUUUCAUUCCAGCUUCAUGUUUUUAUUUUGGUGUCCUCACACUUUGAUUUCUGCUUUCACACUAAAUGCAGCCACUGUACAGUUAGCAACAAGCUAAAUAGACCAAAUAGAAUUCUCGCGUCGCUUCAGUCCCCGAUGCUCCGACUCUGCAGGUUUGAAGAGUUUCCUGCUGUCGGAUUAGAUUAGAUUAGAGUAUGAUAGAGAAGUCAAUCUACACAUAGAGUAUGUGAUGGAUGCAGACUUUUCUGAAAGUAUUUGGUGGAAAAUGGAACCGUGGCACCAGACCUGAUGUGGAAACACCAACUUUGUCUAAAGUGUUAGGAAAUGUUUCCCAAGACAAAUGAAACAAAUCAAUAACUUUAUACUAAAAUUUGAAUAAUUUAAACUGAACUUCAAUCGGCUUCUUCGAUAUUUUAAUAUGUCAGCAAAAACGUCGCAACUCAUGAACGUGGAGCUUUUAGAUGUUUUCUGUCACGUUCACCAUGCUGUGUGAAAUCCAACUCUUAACCUUUAGCCAUAGCAGGUUUUUUUCCCCUCCAAAUGCUAAAAGCUAAACGAGCUCCAUUUUAUAUUCAGUUGCAACCCAGCAUAUCAGCGUUAGCGUGAGUAUGUGUUUUUAUCAGAAACAUUCUGAAAAUGAAGCGAUGGCCUGAGCUGUAGUGAAGACUCAAAGUGGGACCACCACCUCUUUUAUUUCUCGUUUUAUUCACCGUGUCGUUCUUUCAUCUCUGUCAUCUUAAGCCUGAUUUAAACUCUGACACUGCAUGUAUCCACACUUCUGCCUCAGUUAUAUCAACUUCAGUCAUUAAGAUUGAAAUAAUUACAGAUCAGGGUCAUACGGAGGGAGCUGAAAGAGUCAGCUGGAGGUGUGUGGUUACUAUGACGACGACGGAGUAUAAAUCAGGCUUAAUCUUGCAAAGUUAUCCGACUCUGUGUAUGUGUUUGUGUGAGGGAGCCUGGUCAUGUAAAUACAUAUAAGGAUAUUUAAAGAUGUGUUGUGCAUCGGUUUUAUACGGAGAGAGAGAAAGAGAGAGAGAGAGAGUCUUUAAUUUUGUCUGAUUAAAGGUAAAAAAAAAAAAGACAAGUAAUCACUAUAAGGAAAUGACUGUCUGUCGUGUUCUGGUUGAAGCUCAGUUCUGCUGUUGCUUUAGGAGGUAAAAACAAAAUGCAGUGAAGUCAGUUUGUGCUGUUUUUUCUGUCCUUUUCUUCCCGUUUCUUCUCCUUUAUUCCUACUGUGUGUUUUAAAGUAAUAGUUUGUUUUCAGGUUGUUUGUUUGUGUUUUUUGUUGCUUGGUCUGUCAGUCCUGUGCUGACCUCCACUGUUAAGGUGACACUGACUGUGCUAUGUUUACUUUUUUCUUUCAUUUGUUGCCUGUAGCAGUCAGUGGUCGUCUGACAGGCGCCGUGUGUUUACGCCUCCGCGUGUUUACGCCUCCGCGUGUUUACGCCUCCGCGUGUUUGUGUCUCGUGUGACGACGGCGUCGCCUGUGAUGGAGGUCAUUUUAAAACUGAGGAACAUUCAGUGCACAUAUUAUGUCAUGAUCACCUCCACUCUUGUGUGUGUGUGUGUGUGUGUUCUGUAGCAGUGCAGAAGUGUGUUGACAGGUGUGUGUGUGCGUGCGUGCAUGUGCGUGCGUGUGUGCGUGUCAUUUUGCCUCUUAGUGAGCUCAAACCACAGAAGCGAGAUACAUGGUUCACUUGAGUUUCACUGCUCACAAACCAAAGAGGCCGAAACACAAAACAUCACAUUUGAGUGUGAGCAUGGACGGAUUCAUGAGCUGAUGAAACGCUCGCUCGUUCAGUCACAUGUCGUUGAGCUGUGGAUCCAUCGCUCCUCCUUCGUAGCAUGACUGGCAUCAUGAGCACUGGGCCAUAAACAUCUCAUUCUGUGAAUCACACGUAUGUGUUUCACUCUGGAAUAUGUCAAAUCCACCUUCUUUUCCUGUCUUCCCUGUUCUCUCUGUGAGGGGCAUAGAGCCCCGCCUCUUUGUGGAGUUCUGCCUCGUGAUUGGAUAAGACAUUCUAAGAUGCUGGAAAAGAGUACAGAGCUAAUUUAACGCAGAUGCGACGGCUUUAAUGUUAAGAAACCGGUUAUUUGUGCCUCAAAUUCAAACCUUUGAAUUACGACUGAAUGUUUGUGAUAAUCCAGACUCGUCGAUGGCUUCAGUCUUCUCACGUUGACGUUAUAGCUCGUCACUAAUACUAUUACUAUCAUAGUAUGAAACGCAUCACAUUUAGGUUUUUAAUCAGGCGGAAUCUACUCAGAUGUUUCUACUGAGUGAUGGAGGAGAAGAGUGAGCUUCCUGUGAGUCUUUUUGGAGGCUUUGACAGCUCGAGAAGCUCUUCAUCAUAGAAACACCACAGUGUUAUUAGCCCCUCCUUCUUGUGGUCUGAAGGAAGGGGUGCGACUUCACUCAAGAAUCAUAAUAAUUCAGAUUAGCUUGCACUUUGAAUUGUGAGUUUACGUUAAAUCCCUCCCACCAUUCAAUGAAAUGGUUGGUGAACGUCUCUGUCUGUGCUCACACUCAAGUGUCUCAAGUGUCUUAAGUGUUUGUUGCUCCUGGGCCUCCGUACAUGUGUGACUCUGAGGCUCAUAGAUGAUUUAAACACACACACACACACACACGCAUGACACGAGGUUCCGUGUUCAGUGCGUUAAACUCGUGUCUGUGUUUGAAGAAGCUCGGAGGCAAACGUGACUGGACUCAGUAUUUCUAAUGUGUGUGGUUGUGUGUGUGUGACACGAGUGUGAUGAAGAGGAUGAUUCAGAGAGAGGACAGAACAUUGCUCGAGUAAAAACCAGUGCAAUAUCUUUUUUUUAUUAUUAUUGUGGUAAAAGCAUGUUGUUGUCAAUCUUACCUUACAACAAUAAUAAAGUUUUUUUAUCAUUA